AUGACUAGUAUGAAUACACUAGGACCAAACCACCUCCUGGGCCUCGCGGCGCAUGCUCUUCGCGAUGGCCCGCCGAGUCUCAAAACACCUUUUGAGGCUGUUGCGCUGAUCUGCCAUGCGCGCAUGGCUGUGGCGGGUUUCAAACUGGUUGGGCUCGGGGAGGAUCACAAGAUCGAAUCGCCCACAGAAAACCCCGCCCUCCCCAUCGAGUGGAAUGCUAACACAACUUUCGCCUUUCGAUAUACCCAUACACAAACCACUUCGCAAUAUUUUCUCAAAGUGAGCAGGCUCGGCAACAAAGCUGUGGUCUUCGCGCUGGCCGUCGAUGAUGACCGUACAAGCUCGUUUGAGCUUUCCGUUAACGAUUACAUUUCCGAAUCUGCCCUCCCACUUGCAAAUACAGAAAACCUUGUAGGCUCACUGCAAGAUGUCUACAUAGACCAAGAAAAGCUGGAAAGCUUGGUUGGAUUGUUUGAUACCAAUAUUCUUCAGAAUAUUGCUCCAAGAUUAUCCAGAGAAGAUUUUGAGGAUCCUACUCAGGCGCCCGUUUCCCGAGAGCCACUGCAGGAAUCACGACCCCACGACCCUCUUCGUGAUCCUCUCCGUGAUGACUCGCUCCCCCAACCUGCCCGGCCAUACCCGUUUGACGACCCCUUAGCUGCUGCGCCGCGCCAGCCUAACCCACCUGGAGACUUUGCUCCACCAGGAUUCGAAGACGAGUUUGAAAUUAAUCGACCCCCGCGUGGUCAGGCCCCAGGUUUCCCCGGAGGUCGUAACCCGUAUACUAUUGGAGAUCGAGACCUCUAUCCUGCAGGACUUGGCCCUAAUGAUCCUCUUCGCGGUUCGAUGGGCCCCGGCGUUGGAUCUGGCGGCGGUAUGCAUCCGACGUUUGAUGAUCCUCUCUUUGGGGGUAGUGGCAGCAGCGGGGGGUAUGACCCACGGGCACCUCCAGGGGCACGCUAUGAUCCUCCUGGGCCCGGGGCCCCUCCGUUUGGUCGUGGUCACGGACCCGGUAGCGGCGGUCUUGGUGGAUUUGGAGGGGGCUUCGGCGGCGGUAUUAUCUAA